AUGGUCUUAAAGAAGGUUUAUACUCUUGUCUUUUUGCGAAAUGAAAAGAAGAUUUUAUUAGGAUUGAAAAAACGUGGUUUCGGGAUUAACAAAUGGAAUGGUUUUGGCGGCAAAGUGGAACAAGACGAAUCGGUUAUAGAGGCUGCGAUAAGAGAAAUGAAAGAAGAAUGCUGUGUAACUGUUAAGAAAGAUGAUUUAAAGAGUGUCGGACAAUUAGAUUUUACUUUCGAAGGUGAUCCAGUUAUGAUGGACGUUCGAGUUUUCUCCGGAGUUGUUUAUUAUGGAACCCCAAGUGAAACAGAUGAAAUGGCGCCGAAAUGGUUUACGUACGACAACAUCCCUUUCGAUGAUAUGUGGCCCGACGACAGACUGUGGUUUCCUUAUAUGUUGAAUAACAAACUCUUCUACGGGAAAUUUCAUUACAAAGAUUUAGACACAAUAUCAAAUUAUGAUAUUCGAGAACUUAAAUCAAUGGAGUCAUUUUACGCUUCUAGAGAAAAGAAUAAUUCUUCUAAUUAA